GGCCUAAAAUCAAAAAAGCCUAAAACCUACUAAAAUCUCAUAUUCCCCCAAACACUUUGUCCUAAAUUUCCAAAGAUUCCUCCUUUAAGAAUCUUUUUAUCACAUUAAACUUCCCAUUUUUUUUUUUUUUUUGGCAUAAUCUUAAAAUUCAAGAUUCAGUUUUGGGAUUAUUGGAAAUUCAUUGAAAGAAGCUAUGGUGAAGGAAGAUAGUAAUGUUUUAGACCUUUUCUUGAAAAUUGGGUUGGAUGAAAAAACUGCUAAGAAUACUUUGGCUAACAAUAAAGUUACUACUAAUCUUACUGCUGUUAUUCAUGAGGCUGCUGUGACCGAUGGUUGUGACCGUGCUGUAGGCAACCUGCUCUACACGGUUGCUACAAAGUUCCCAGCCAAUGCACUUAACCACCGGCCUACAUUGCUUCAGUACAUUGUAUCCACAAAGAUUAAAACCCCUGCACAAUUAGAAGCUGCAUUUGCGUACCUUUCUGCAACCGCCUCUGAAAAUCUGAAGGUCCAUGAUUUUGAAGAGGCUUGUGGUGUUGGUGUUGAGGUAUCCAAGGAUGAAAUUGAACGUGCUGUGAGUGAGGUCUUUGAAGAGAAGAAGGCCAAUAUAUUAGAACAGCGUUAUAGAACCAACGUUGGUGAACUCUUUGGUCAUGUUCGAAAGAAGUUGCCGUGGGCAGAUCCAAAAGUUGUCAAGGAAGUAGUAGAUUUGGAGCUGUAUAAAUUACUAGGGGAAAGAACUGCAGCAGAUAAUGAAAAGCCUGUUAAAAAGAAGAAAGAGAAGCCCGUGAAAACUGAGGAUAAAGCCAAAGUUGAGGAGACCUCUGCACCAAAGCAGUCCGAAGAAGAACUAAAUCCAUACUUGAUCUUCCCUUCACCUGAGGAAAAUUAUAAGGUGCAUACAGAAGUAUAUUUCAGUGACCAAUCUGUGCUUCGAGCGUGCAAUUCCAAAGAGCUACUUGAAAAGCAUUUGAAGGUGACUGGAGGAAAAGUUCAGACGCGGUUUCCUCCUGAACCUAAUGGAUUUUUACACAUUGGACAUGCAAAGGCUAUGUUUGUUGACUUUGGUCUGGCAAAAGAUAGAGGUGGUGGCUGUUACCUGAGGUUUGAUGAUACCAACCCUGAAGCUGAGAAGAAAGAGUACAUCGAUCACAUUAAAGAAAUUGUUGGGUGGAUGGGAUGGGAGCCUUUCAAGAUCACUUACACUAGUGAUUAUUUCCAAGACCUUUAUGAGCUAGCUGUAGAGCUGAUAAGAAGAGGCCAUGCAUAUGUUGACCACCAGACACCUGACGAGGUAAAAGAAUACCGGGAGAAAAAGAUGAACAGCCCUUGGAGAGAUAGGCCUAUAGAAGAGUCCUUGAGAUUGUUUGAUGAAAUGAAGAGGGGGAUGAUUGAUGAAGGCAAGGCGACAUUGAGGAUGAAACAGGACAUGCAGAAUGAUAAUUUCAAUAUGUAUGACCUCAUUGCAUACCGUGUCAAGUUCACUCCUCAUCCACAUGCAGGGGAUAAAUGGUGCAUCUAUCCAAGUUAUGAUUACGCCCAUUGCAUUGUUGAUUCUUUGGAAAAUAUCACUCAUUCGCUUUGCACCCUGGAGUUUGAAACCCGCCGUGCAUCAUAUUACUGGUUAUUGGAUGCAUUAAGCCUUUACCAGCCUUUUGUUUGGGAGUACUCACGGUUGAAUGUUUCCAACACUGUGAUGUCAAAGCGUAAGUUGAACCGUCUUGUAACAGAGAAAUGGGUUGAUGGCUGGGAUGAUCCUCGUCUCAUGACAUUAGCAGGAUUGCGACGUAGAGGGGUAACUUCAACAGCAAUAAAUGCUUUUGUUCGUGGGAUUGGAAUUACUAGAAGUGACUCUAGCAUGAUACAGCUAAGUCGCCUAGAAUACCAUAUAAGAGAAGAACUAAACAAAACAGCUGCUCGAACACUGGUUGUGCUAAAUCCCCUUAAGGUUGUCAUCACAAACCUUGAAGCUGGAUUAGUAAUGGAUCUUGAUGCAAAGAAAUGGCCUGAAGCACCGGCAGAUGAUGCUUCGUCCUUUUAUAAGGUUCCCUUUUCUAGAGUUGUGUACAUCGAACGCUCAGAUUUUCGUUUGAAAGAUUCUAAAGAUUAUUAUGGACUUGCACCUGGAAAAUCUGUCCUACUGAGGUAUGCAUACCCUAUAAAGUGUACAGAUGUUAUUCUUGCUGAUGACAAAGAGACCGUUCUUGAGAUUCGGGCAGAGUAUGAUCCGUCCAAGACGAUCAAGCCUAAGGGCGUGCUUCAUUGGGUUGCAGAACCUUCACCUGGGGUUGAUCCACUAAAGGUGGAAAUCCGGCUAUUUGAUAGGCUGUUCCGCUCUGAGAAUCCUGCCGAACUCGAUGACUGGCUUGGUGAUUUGAACCCCGAGUCUAAAGUGGUGAUACAAAAUGCAUAUGCUGUGCCCUCAGUUAGUAAGGCUGCUCUUGGAGACAGAUUUCAGUUUGAAAGGCUCGGGUAUUUUGCUGUUGACAAGGAUUCAACUUCUGAAAAGCUGGUCUUUAAUCGGACUGUCACCCUGCGCGAUAACUAUGCCAAGGGUGGAAAUACACUAUGUUUGGAGAAUCCGACGAACAUCUGACGGCAUCUUUGAAGAGUCCAAGCAAAGGGCAGUCUGAUGCACUGAAGCUUUUGCUACGCCUAAGUUCCGGAAAGGGCCGAACCACUAGGGUCUAUUGUGCAACACAGAUUGUAAGUUGUAAGAAAAGGACGGUCUGGUGCAUUGAAACUCCUGCUAUGCGCAAGGUCUGGAAAGGGCCGAUCCACUGUGGUUUAUUGUGCAACACAGACUAUAAGCUGUAAGAAAAGGACAGUCUGGUGCACUAAAGCUUCCGCUAUGUGCACCAGGAUCUAUUGUUCACAGCCUUACCUUGCACUUCUACAAGAGGCUAUUCCCACGACUUGAACCCACGACCUCCUGGUCACAUGACAAAGACUUUACCAGUUACUCCAAGGCUCCCUUUCCUAAGCUGUAACUAGACGCAAACUUAAUAAGCUUUAGAAUAAUAUGUAAAGGUCCAAUUGCUAAAGUAUAUUGGAAGUAUAAGUGCCAUCUUUCUUCUUUUCUUUCUUGCUUUUUUCCCAUUUGAGAAAUCAAUAACUAGCAUUCCUAUGUAAAUCAAUCAUUCUCCUGCAGGUGCACCUUGUUAUACUUUCUCAUAAUGCUUUGAUUGUAAAAAAGAUCACUUCAAAUUGUACAUCUUUUUCUAUUCACACUCAUCAAAUCACAAGUCCCUUUUUCCUUUCU